GUAAAGCUGGUUGUGUUUUGAAAGCGGUGAAUACCGGUGCCUCAUGAUAGUGGACUCCUGGGAGCCGCUAGGGGUGAUAUCAGCCUAAACGGCGGCUCCAUUGUGUCUGUCAGAGCGGGACACGGUAUCUCAGAGUCCAUGUCGCUGUCCCUCAUCAUCAAAUGGGGCGGCCAGGAGUUCCCCCUGUCUGCCCUGUCCGAGGAGGACACUGUGAUGGAUCUCAAGCACUCUCUGAAGAGCCUGACUGGGGUCCUACCCGAGCGCCAGAAACUGCUGGGUCUCAAAUAUAAGGGUAAACCAGCAGAAAACAACAUGAAACUGGGUGUUCUGAAACUCAAACCAAAUACCAAGAUUAUAAUGAUGGGGACACGAGAGGAGAGUUUGGAAGAUGUGUUGGGUCCCCCUCCUGAUAAUGAUGACAUUGUAAAUGAUUUUGAUAUCGAAGAUGAAGUUGUAGAGGUGGAAAAUAGAGAAGAAAAUCUUGCCAAGAUUUCCCGUCGGGUGAAAGAUUACAAAGUAGAAGUUUUAAAUGUCCCAAGGGAAGGCAAGAAACUUCUAGUUCUAGAUGUCGAUUAUACACUAUUUGAUCAUCGUUCCUGUGCUGAAACUGGGCUAGAACUCAUGAGACCAUAUCUGCAUGAAUUCCUUACCUCUGCUUAUGAAGACUAUGACAUUGUAAUAUGGUCUGCAACCAGUAUGAAAUGGAUUGAAGCCAAAAUGAAAGAACUGGGAGUCAGUACAAAUGCCAAUUACAAGAUUACGUUCAUGUUGGACAGUGCAGCCAUGAUCACCGUACACACCCCGAGAAGAGGUUUAAUUGAUGUUAAGCCUCUUGGAGUAAUUUGGGGAAAAUAUUCAGAAUAUUAUAGCAAACACAACACUAUAAUGUUUGACGACAUUGGAAGGAACUUCCUGAUGAAUCCUCAAAAUGGACUAAAGAUCAGACCUUUCAUGAAAGCACAUCUGAACCGGGACAAAGAUAAAGAACUCUUGAAACUUUCUCAAUACCUUAAAGAAAUAGCAAAACUAGAUGACCUUUCAGAACUUAAUCACAAACAUUGGGAAAGAUAUCUUUCAAAGAAGCAAGGUCAAUGACAACAUAUCUUCGUAGAAGGACACAAUGUUUAGAUUUCUGUUACUGUUUUUUGGUUUUUUUUCUUCAACCCUGCAUGGAUGCUUUUGGAGGUUGAUCUGGCACAUUCCUUUGCUUUCUACUUUUUUAUAUACAUAUAUUUUGGUUCAGUUGAGAUUUUCAGGGUUUAACGGAAUGUUGCCACGAUGACUUCUUUUUCGAAUAAUAAAUUUGCUUUGGCAUGUUAACUGAUCAAUGAAAAUUUCUAGUUUCAAUGCAUCAUCUGUAAUCUGUAACCAAAUCUCAUUUUUGAUAAUCAGAACUUUUAUUUAUUUUUUUUUAUAUACUGAAAGCUCAGUAAAUACCAUUAUUUUGCAUGUUUAGCCAUUCUCUUCCAAUUUUUAUU